CGAAGGCUGUCUUCCCGUGCAACUAUAUUGUUCCUGGAGUUGCUGUACGGCGUUUUCUUCUUCGGUAACGUGAGUUAAAAUUGAAGGAACAAAAUAUGGCACUGAAGGCAGUUUGCGUUCUUAAAGGUACUGGUGACGUUACCGGGACCGUGUUCUUCGAGCAAGGGAGCGACUCCGCUCCGGUGCAGGUGACGGGACAGAUCACCGGCCUCACCCCGGGAGAGCACGGCUUCCACGUCCACGUGUAUGGGGACAACACAAAUGGCUGCAUCAGCGCUGGCCCCCACUUCAACCCGCAUAACAAGACCCACGGUGGGCCCAAGGAUGAAGUCAGGCACGUGGGAGACUUGGGCAACGUAACGGCUGGGGAUGACGGCGUGGCAAAAAUCGACAUCAAGGACAGAAUGCUCACGCUGACCGGCCCCCAAUCGAUCAUCGGGCGAACCAUGGUGAUCCACGAGAAGGCCGACGAUCUGGGGAAAGGAGGCAACGAAGAAAGCCUGAAAACCGGCAACGCUGGGGGUCGAUUGGCCUGUGGGGUGAUUGGCAUCACGCAGUAACCCCGCCCCCCAACCCCCGUGUAACUGGAACCACUGUAGUGUCGCGGGUGACCAGUAAGGGUGUCCCAAAAGCAUCAGGAAGUUCUUGAAGAUAGUUUUAUUUUUGCAAAUGUUGCUAUGGAGAAAAAAAAUGUAUGUAUAGCUUAAGUAUCGUAUCCCCGUUUGAACCAAAAAAAAAAGAAAGUAUUCCAGUUUGUUGGUCUGUAAUGGGUACAUAUAUCAGUCUGCUGUCUGUACCUGCGCACAGUAAUUGUUGUCAUGGAAGUAAAUUAGGUUCUGUUCCCAGUGAAUGUCUUCACCAAAUAAAAUCGUUGCUGGUA